UGAGGAAUUGACGCAAGAGGACGAUUUCGAUACGGAGAGAAAUAGUAGUCGUCUAUCGCAGAGUCCAAUUUAUGAUCAGGAAAAAUAUGGAAGUUCUAGUGGUGACCGCGGCGAAACUGAACGAUUACACGAUGAUGAUGGAUCUGUGGUAUUUGAUAUAGGCGAUGAACAUGAUGAAAAGUCAACUUUAAGAGAAAGUGGAGAAAUUAGUAAUGCAAGUCGUGAGGUGUUGUCUAGGUAUAGUAUUAAAUUUAAAAAAUUUCAUUGUUAA